ACCAUCUUGUUUGGACCCUUGUCUCGCGCAAUUCACCACUCGAGAAAGUGAAGCCAGGCUUAGAGUCAAAUCUUCUGAUCCGAUCGAGCGCACGCAAGGCCAUAGUAGCUUAGGAGCGAGGAGGAGUCGAGGGGAGGAGUGGGGUGAGCAGGGCGAGGCAUGGGGAGGCCGCCGUGCUGCGAGAACGGCGGGGUGAAGAAGGGGCCGUGGACGCCGGAGGAGGACCUCGUGCUCGUGUCCUACGUGCAGGAGCACGGGCCGGGGAACUGGCGCGCCGUGCCCACCAACACCGGGCUGAUGCGGUGCAGCAAGAGCUGCCGGCUCCGGUGGACGAACUAUCUCCGCCCGGGGAUCAAGCGCGGGAACUUCACAGACCAGGAGGAGAAGCUCAUCGUCCACCUCCAGGCCCUGCUUGGCAACCGGUGGGCGGCGAUUGCGUCGUACCUGCCGGAGCGGACGGACAACGACAUCAAGAACUACUGGAACACGCACCUCAAGAAGAAGCUCGGCAAGAUGAGCGCCGGGGAAGGCGCCGGCGCCGAGGUGAAGAGUAGGUCGGCCGCGCCCAAGGGGCAGUGGGAGCGGCGGCUGCAGACGGACAUCCACACCGCGCGGCAGGCGCUCCGGGAGGCUCUGUCCCUGGACCCCUCGCCGGCGUCGUCCUCCAAGCCGCAGGUGCCGGCGCCGGAACCCGCGGUCCAGGCGACGUACGCGUCCAGCGCCGAGAACAUCGCGCGGCUGCUGGAGGGGUGGAUGCGGCCCGGCGCCAGCAACGGCGGGAAGACGUCCUCCGGGUCGAGGUCGUCCGCAUCGGCGGUCUCCGGCGGCGAGGGCGCGUCGGCGAGCCACAGCGGCACGGCGCGGAGGCCGGAGGGGUCGACCGGGACGAGCUGCAAGGCGGAGGUCGACGGCGGCGCGGCGGCCCCAGGCCCGACGUUUUCGAUGCUGGAGAGCUGGCUGCUCGACGACGGCAUGGGGCACGGCGACGCGGGGCUCAUGGACGUGCCACUGGCCGACGCCUGUGAGUUCUUCUAGAGCGUGGGGGUGGGGCGGGGGGGGGGAGGAAAAAUAAAAAUGACUAGGCUGCAAGACGAAGAAGAAAGAAUUCAGGAACUCGAAUCCAUGCCAAUCUAGAUCGAUCAGUGCAAAGCUAGUGUUGAUCUGGUUUAGCUAGAUAAUCGAGUUCCUUGCUUCUUUUUUUGGGUUUUUGGUCUUAGGGUUUGGAAUUGAUCAUGUAUGUAACUAUGCAAGUCUAUACUAAUAUAAUCCAUGGGUAACUGGUGGAUCGAUGGUGAUGUAGUGGAGUAGUUGUCAGUGCUGAACUGGAUGGUGAUGAUCCAUGAUGAUGUGUAUGGGAAACCAAAGAAUUUUCCAUAAUAAUCGAUAUAGAA